AUGUAUCUCUUCAUCUGUGCCAUCGUGCUCCUCGCAGCAUACAAGAACCUCCCAUGGAUAUGGCAUAUCCGCUUCUUCCGCACGCUUUCCAUGCGUCUGCUUAUCUCCCCUCCAUCCCCAACCUCUCUCACCCCGGAAUGUCUCUUCCUACCGGCCAUCAGCACCACCAGAAACCCGCUGAGUGAAUGCGACUACAACAUCCACAAGUCCAAUUCCACCUAUUUCACCGAUCUCGAUAUGUCCCGCGGCAAUCUCAGUCUGCUCCUCUUCAGCCACCAUCCCUCGGGCAUCCUCCGUCCCCACUCGGUCCGGAUGAUCCUGGGCGGCGUGCAGUGUUUGUUCAAGCGGGAAAUUAAACCAUACCAGCCGUUUGAGAUCUGGUCGAGGGUACUCAGCUGGGAUGAGAAGUGGAUAUACUUGGUUUCGCAUUUUGUGGAAAGGGGGGCGUUUUCUCCCGAGGAGUAUGUGUUGCAGGGAGGGAGGUCGAAGAAGAAGUAUAACCCGAAAGGAAAGAUAUUCGCCUCUUCGGUUUCCCGAUAUGUGUUUAAAAAGGGUCGCCUUACUUAUCCGCCGGAGAAGAUGUUGAUGGAUUGUGGUCUUUUGCCGAAGUCUACGGGUGAAGAUGCAGAUAUGUCUAUGUGGGAUGCGAUUGAAACACGGAGACGACGAGAUCUGCCUGCUGCUCAGUUGAAUACAGGCUGGGAUGCAGUGCAUGAUGUGUUUGAGGGUGACAUCAAGAAGGCGUUGGGGAGAUAUUUUGAUACUCUUUAG